GUACGUUGUUGUGUCAUGUCUCAUUCUUGUUCAAGUCUAAAGCAAAAGCAAGAGGAGGAAUCGAUGCAUCUUCAUCAUUUCUUAUUAUUUAAUAUAUCUGGUUAUUCUCUGUUUUCAGUAUAUGGUAUUGCUGAAGGAAGACCUGUGCAUGUGCGACAACGCCGCCUUCCUUGCUGUGGAAUUGGUCUUGGAUGGUUCCUGUUCAUAGUUGGGUUUUUCCUUGGAGCAAUCCCUUGGUACGUCGGGAUGUUCAUCAUGAUAGUUGGAAGGAGGAUUGACCACAGGGAGAAGCCAGGAUACAUUGCUUGCACCAUCGCUGCUAUUCUUGCAACGAUUGCUGUGGUUCUUGGUGUAACUAAAGGAGCAGAAGACUGGUGAUCAUUUCAAUCUGUUGUGGUCAAGUCAGAACGUUUGUAUAGGUGUCGACAAACAUUUCGUUUUGUAUUAUUAUAUGUUCGUGGUGCUUGGAAAAAAAAAGGAUGUAAACUUAACAAAAGAUUCGAGUUAUUUUAUCUGCAAGAAAAAUAAGAUUAAAGAUGGUUUGUUUA